CCAUACAACCGAAACAUGACCAAGAUUCAAGAGAAAUUGUUCAUCAACAAUGAGUAUGUCGGGUCGCAUACCAACGAGAAACUGAAGGUGUACAAUCCCUACGAUGGAAGUCUUGUUUCGAACAACAUCGAAGUGGCGCUAGAAGAAGACGUCGACUUGGCUGUGUCGGCGGCGCAAGCAGCGCUCCCAAUAUGGCAGGCGAUGACGGGCGCGCAACGCAGUGCGCUGAUGCUUCGGUAUGCCGAUUUGGUCGAGGAACGUACAGAAGAGAUAGCCCAACUGGAGUCACAGUGCAUGGGAUCGCCUAUGAUGCUGGCACGCAGAGUUGUGGGAAGUCACGUGGCUGUUUUCCGCUACUACGCUGGUUUGACGGACAAGAUUGCAGGGACGACGUACACGGAAGACGGCGAUGGCUUCUUCAAGAUGGUGCUCCAGGAGGCGAUUGGUGUAUGCGCAGGCAUCGGGGCGUGGAAUGCGACGCCCAUCUUUGCGGGAUGGAAGAUCGCACCCGCUGUCGCAGCAGGUAAUACCUUUGUAUUCAAGGCGUCAGAGAAGUCACCCCUGGGCGCGUUGUACUUGGGACAGCUCUUUCGCGAGGCUGGCUUUCCGCCAGGUGUAGUGAACAUGGUCUCGGGCGGGCCAGCGACAGGCGCUCUCCUGGCUUCGCACAUGGGUAUCGCCAAGAUCGCCUAUACGGGCUCUGUUAGCGGUGGUCGUGCUGUACAAGUUGCAGCUGCAAAGAGCAACCUGAAGCCCGUUACACUUGAGCUAGGAGGUAAGUCGGCCGCAAUCGUCUUCGAUGACGCCCACUUGGAGAGCGCCAUUACGCACUGCUCGCAGACAUUUGCCCUCAAUGGCGCCCAGGUGUGCUCCGCAGCCUCCCGAGUGCUUGUCCAUCGCGACAUCGCCGAUACCUUCAUUGCAGGUGUGAGCACCGCUUUUAAGCAAUUGGCUGCAGCCCACGGCCCGCCUAACGAGGCACUCUUCGGCCCGCUGGUCGACCAGCAACACCAUCAGAGAGUGCAGGCUUUUGUGGAUGCCGCACGCGACGGGGGCGUUGGCGUAGUUGCAGGCGAAGUGCCGACCCAUCCCACCGCCCUAUUCAUGCCGCCAACGCUCCUGAUUGACCCCCCUACCAACGGUCGCGCAUACCGCGAGGAGAUCUUCGGACCUGUUCUGGCGGUCAAAACCUUUUCCACGGAGCAAGAGGCCAUUGCGCUGGCCAACGAUUCAUCCUACGGACUUGCCGCUGCCGUCUUCACGUCCAGUAUGCCGCGUGCUUUACGCGUUACCUGUGCUCUUCAAGUUGGCAUGGUGGGAGUUAAUAGUCCCGUCAUGCCAUUGACCCAGCUCCCAUGGGGCGGAUGCAAGGAGAGUGGUUACGGCCGCGAGGGAGGUUUGGCUGGUCUAGAAGACUACUUGCAAUCUAAGACGGUCCUGAUCAGUAUGAAGGACCCGCAGGUCAGCCCGGCCAAAUAG